UCUGUAAUAACUGCUAUGAUGCCUACAGCGCCAGUAACCGUUGUAAUUCCAUUAAAGCCAACUAAACCGCAUUCUCCAUCUAAUCCUUCAUCCGACCCAGGAACUGUUAUAGUAAUUGUUAAUGGUCCAAAAUCUUCAAGUCCUAAAUCAACUAAUGCCUUUGAUUCUGGUUCGG